AUGGGGAGGAGUUUGAGAUUUUGUGCUUUAUUAUUAUUUUCCGUUUUAUGGAAACCAGCGUUGAGCGACAAUAAAUGCUCAUUAGGAUGUAAAGGAGGCACUUCAACGACAUUCUUGACUGGGCAUAAGUAUAAUUAUGGAGUCGAAGGUACCGUCUCUAUCUACUUGACCAGUGCUGAUAAACAGGAGACUAGCGUGAAGCUCGUAGGGCAGGCCGUCGUGACCUCAAUCGGCAACUGCGUCAAUGAACUCAGAGUGCAGAAUGUCCUCAUAUCAGGGCCUGAUGGAAAGAAAUUCUCAAGCCCUCCUGGUAUCGACAAGCCUAUAUUGUUCACUCUGCAAGAUGGCAAAACCGGCCCUGAGAUUUGCGCUGAAGAUCAAGAUACACGGCGAUCCCUCAACAUCAAGAGAGCCAUCAUCUCCCUGCUGCAGACAGAGCAAAAGUCUUCUACUCAGACCGAUGUGUUUGGCGUUUGCCCCACCGAUGUCUCGUCUUCAAAGGAAGGCAGCGCGGUAUUGGUCCAUCGCACCCGUGACCUAUCCGCUUGCGCUUUCCGUGAACAGGGCAAAAAUGAUCUCAUCACUGCCGUAUACAACCCCACUGCUGAGGUCAAAAGCACCCAAGUACUCCAGUCAGUCCUGAAUGUAGAGUCCAAAGUGAACAAUGGAAUUCCUGAAAAGGUGGCUGCCAACGAGGAAUACCUUUACAUGCCCUUCUCUGUGGGAGAGAACGGAGCAAGAGCUAAAGUGCACACCAAGCUUACUCUUACUGGCAAGAGCCAGGGUGGUGCAGCUGCGAAUAAAUGCAGUGAGACCCGCAGCAUUAUUUUCGAGAACCCGCACGGUGUGGUAGCAUCCACCAGUAAUUACAACACAGCGUUCAACACUGUCAAAGAGACCGCUAAGGCCGUUGGCACAGAAGCUAAUUCUAAAUCUGCUGGCCUUUUUGCGCAACUGAUCAGGAUUCUGCGUACCACGAGUAAGGAUGAUUUGGUGAAAAUCUUCAAUCAAGUCAAGAACAACAAAGUUGAGAAGCGAGUAUUCCUGGAUGGUCUGUUCCGUGCUGGUACUGGGCCCAGCGUCGAGGCCACAGUAGCAAUCUUAAAACAAGGACAACUGAGCAACAUCGAAGAAGAAAUCUUCUAUCUUACUCUAGCUGGCGCCAGGCAUGCCACCGAUGAAUCCGUGAAAGCUGUCGCUAGCUUAGUCGAUCGCUCUAAGAACAAAAAAGUGUACAUUGGCGUGGGAGCUCUCGCGGGUGUGUACUGUCGUGAACACAACUGUCAUGGCGGUGAUGCUAGCGGCGUGGUUGAUCUUAGCCAGAAAUUCGGAGCUAAACUCAACUGCAGAGCUAAAGGCAAACGGGCUGAAGACGAGGCCGUGUUCAUCUUGAAAGGCAUCCGCAAUAUCCGUCAUUUGGAAGACAGUCUCGUAGACAAAGUGAUCAGAUGCGCUACAGACGCUGGAGUCAAACAACGUGUACGUGUCGCUGCAUUGGAAGCUUAUACUGCUGACCCAUGCUCCGCUAAGAUCAAGAAGAGUGGUUUGGACAUAAUGAAGAACCGUCAAUUGGAUUCCGAGUUACGUAUCAAGGCAUAUCUGGCGGUUAUUGCGUGUCCUUGCGGAACAUCAGCCAACGAGAUCAAGAGACUACUUGACACCGAACCUGUACACCAAGUGGGCCGUUUCAUUACGUCCUCGUUACGUCACAUCCGGGCGUCCACGAACCCUGACAAGCAACUCGCUCGCCAGCACUACUCCCUCAUCCGUACCCCUAACAAGUUCAACGUCGAUGACAGGAAAUACUCGUUCUACCGCGAGGCAUCUUUCGAAGUGGACGCAUUGGGCGUAGGUGGGUCUGUAGAAGAAACGGUCAUCUACUCCCAGGACUCUUUCCUCCCGCGUUCAGCCAGCCUUAAUCUAACCGUCGGCAUCUUUGGACAAAACUACAACGUUCUCGAGGUUGGCGGUCGCCAAGGCAACUUGGAUCGAGUGGCUGAACAUUUCCUCGGACCACGCAGCGCCUUCAGAUCUAAAAACCCACAGGAUAUCGUCGAUGAUAUCAAGAAAGUAUAUGAAGAUACUAAGAAGGAAACUGACGCUCAUCUAAGAGGUCGCCGAUCCGUCAAGACUGAUGUCGACAACUUUGAUAAACAUUUGAAAGAGGAAGCGGAACCCUACAACAACGAACUAGAACUGGACAUGUACAUGAAACUAUUCGGCACCGACGCUCUGUACUUGUCUUUUGGUGAUGACAAAAGCUUCGACUUCCAUCAGUUCAUCAAACAGCAGUUGCAGAUGGGUGACAAGGUCCUCGACAGUCUCAAAAAUUUCCAAUAUGAACUCCGCAGCAAUCUUCUCUUUCUGGAUGCUGAGUUGGCAUAUCCCACCUCAACUGGAUUCCCUCUGAAAUUGGAUCUUGUAGGUUCCACUACCGCCCGCGUCGAUAUGUCUACCAAUGUAGAUGUACGGCAAAUUAUACGCAAUCCUCAGAAUGCUAAAGUUGACAUUAAGCUAGUGCCCAGCGCUGAUAUCGAACUAGCAGGCUUAUUCCUGGUGGACGCAGACGUUGUCGCCACUGGUCUCAAAGUCGUCACAAACCUUCACUCUUCAACCGGAGCUCACGUUAUCGCCAAGGUCUUGGAGAACGGUAACGGUUUUGAUCUACAAGUUGGACUGCCCAUAGACAAACAGGAAAUCAUCACUGCCUCCAACGAUCUAGUUUACUUCACCGCAGAGAAGGGACAACUAGAAAAACAAGUCGCCGUAAAAACUGACGUUGCCAGGAAGGAGUACUCAGCGUGCUUCGACCAACUCUCCGGAUUGCUCGGCGUGACUUUCUGUGGAGAGUUGUCUUUACCGUUCUCUGUUUCUGGCCCUGAUGCUCAAGCAUCCGUCUCUAAAUUCUUCGCUCGCUAUCCAUUAACCGGAGCUUCCAAGGUGAAAUUGGUUCUCGAAAAGAAUGACCUUCGCGGAUAUCACAUCAAGGGCGUCUUCCGCCCUAACCCCGAGAGACGCAGUUUUGAACUUCUGUUCGAGGCCGAAGGGUCCAAGAAUCGUCGCACUCAAAUUACCGGAGAAUUAGUUAACAACAAUGAUGAAAAAUCGAUCAUAUUAUCCCUGGAUUCCCCGAUCAAGACGUUGUAUGGUCAAGCCUCGCUAUAUACUUCCUCCUCCCAAUAUGCUGUUCUUCUUAAAGGAAAAGUUGAUAAAUCAGAGUACUACGCUAAAGCAGGCUUUGCCGUUCAAGGAAAUGACAGACGCAGCGUAUUCCGACCGAUCAUCGAAUACGAGAUGCCUGAACAGGGAGGCAAGAAAUCUAUCAAAGUGGAAGGUGAGAUCGUUAGGGAGAGCAGCCCUCCAGUCACGAAAUAUACACUGAAGGGGGUGAAAUUCCACCUUCCAAACGCUAAAGACGUGGUCGACAUCAACGGCCAAUACAGCCAGUUGCCUAACGGUAUGGAACUAGACGUAAAAGCAAAGCAAGGAGACUAUAACUGCCUGCUGAGCGGCUCUCUCAAAGGCCACGACGCCAAACUCGAAUUCCAAAACAAUCUCAAUCCCAAUAUCAACUUUAAAGUCAAUGGCCACUUUGAAUUUGGAGACACGAUCCAUAAUGACAUUGAUCUGAUCUAUGGUGGUGACCUUACCGACUCUCGUAGUCGUGUCGUCUUUAAUCAACUUUUGAAAUACCAUGUGGAGUCCGCUGAAAAGUACAACGUCAUCACUAAAAACAAAUUUGAAAUCUUAGCUCUACCUCUAAAGAUCAAAGUCGACGCUGAAGCGGAUCCCAGAAAACUUGAUAUCGACAUCGAAGGUCAAUACUUUGAUAGGAAAGGAGAGUUUGAACUCGAUUCCAGGACCCAAAUCAAGAAGCAAGGAGACUAUUCCGUAAAAUUAUCGGCUGGCUUUGACACACAAGGUUUCGAAUUAUUAGCCAAGAGGGACAUUGUUUCCUCUGAUAAAUCAAACUUGGAAAAUUACAUACAGAUCAAGAAUGUCGGAAAAUACGAGCUAUCGGGUGUUGUGCUCCACAAAAAUAAGCCUAAUGACAUUAACGUUGGUGCUAUCGGUCAUCUUAAAAUAACAGCCGGCUCAAAGAGUGAAGAUGUCAAAUUCGACAUUGGAGUAAUAGAAAACCCUAAACUGUACUCUUCGCACGCUAAAAUCUCCUACUCUAAGGGAGACUUCCUGGAUUACCUACUGAAGAUCACGCGUGGUGCGAACCCAUCAGGACAGCUGAAGCUUAUCCUUAGGGAUUCUGUGUCCGCUAACGGACAGUUCAAGGUCACUGACAGCGACGGCAAAGGCAAUGGAAUGAUCAUCGUUGAUUUCAAAAAGUCUCAACGCAAGCUUAAAGGUGACGUGAAGUUUGUUGUGAAAGACCCUGUAUACAACGCUGACGUUGACAUCUAUCUUAACUUCGAGAAGGAUAAUAAUGACAAGAUCCAUUUCAGUACUACCAACAAGAAGACUGAUAAACUUAUCGAUACCAAGAACAAGCUGGAAUAUGGUGGACAAAAGACUGAAGUGAACGUUCAUUUGGAUGGAUCUCUAGAAGGAAAAUCUCACGCCAACGUGGAAGUAGUUCUUCCAACCGAGAGAUGUCUAUCUAUGAAACUAGAUAGAGAUGUUACCUCCAAGGACAACGUACGUAUUGUGCAGAUGGUAUAUAACGGUCAUGCCGAGUUAGUUCUCUCAGACGCCGUGAAGAGAGGAGGAGCAGCCUCUAAAAUAGUGUACAAGGGGAAGAUCAUCAACGGCGAUGUAGAGAAGAGUCUCUACCACUAUGAAGGAAGUGUGGAAAUCCAACUCAAGGAUGGAAAGCAACUGCAGAACGCUUUCAUACUGAAGAAUCAGGCCGAAGGAGAUAAAAUCAAGUUCUACUUUAAGAGCGAUGUAAACGGCAACCUGAUCCAAAAACCAGCCUCUUUAAUGGCAGACGUUGUUUACCCCAACUCUGAUGACCUCGAAAUGUUCACCGGCUGCAACAUCCUGAUGAAGGGCAACUAUGGAGACAACUACAGCUUCGAGCUACGAGAUGACAUCGUAACUGUCAUUGGCGACAGUCAUAGUUCCAAACAUAUCACCAGAUACGAUGAAAAUGCUACAUUAUCUGUACGUCUACCAAUCGAAGAUUUCCGUGACAUCAAAGUAUUCUUUAAUUUCUUUAUGCUGGAAACUGAUAAAGAUUCCGUCGAGUAUACGACGACACAAUCGGUACAAGUGAACGCAGAUGUGUACAAGCUGGUGGCUAGUGGUAAUGCGGGUGUAAAAGAUGGACAUGGAAAGGUCAAAAUUUUGGUGCCACAUAACGAACCUUUCGUCAUCGAAGGCACAUACAAGGCCGAUUUGGAAGGUGAGAAGAAAUACGCUAACGUCGAAAUGAAGUCUCAAUAUGGCAAAGGUAAAUCUGCCUCUGUGGCUGUGGACGCCAGUGCUUACAACAACGAGUACAACGUGAAAAUCCGCGGGAAUGCACCACAGGCUGAGAAAGUGAAGAAACUUGAAGUCAGUGUGUUCACUAAGAAUCCAUCUCCUGACACGGUGUCGUCAGUAGUAGUGGUGACAGCUGACGGUCGCGAGUACAAGUCCGAGUCUAUGGUGGUGUACUCCAAGACCAACCCCGUAGUCGACCUCAAAUACUCCAGCCCCUCCCAGCCACAGACCAGCAGGUUCUUCUUGAAGGGUAAUUCUUUGAGUUCGAGCCAAGGCAAAUUGGAAGUUAUAAUCGAGAACAUUCGGGAUGUUUCCAUUACUGCGGUUAGCGAAGUUAGCGUGCAAAACGACAACAUUGUAUUAAAACUGGCCGCAAACUCUGAUAAGCUCGGCCUCAAAAACUACAAAGUUGACAUCUCCAGUAAAGACGCUGGCAGUGGCAAACGGUUGGAGUUCCAUGCUGUCAAUGACAACAAGAAUAUACUUAGUGGAAGCACCUCGUACAUCAGCAAACAAGAAGGCACCAAGACCAUUGUUGAGGGUUCGGGCUCCGUUAAAGUUCGUGAUGAACAGAAAUCUGCUAACUUCAAGUAUAUCCGUACGCUUCUCACUGAAGGAAAUGAACAAGGAGUCGAGACAUUCUUGAAUGUGGCAAUCGGAGAGCGCAGUUAUGUAGCAGAAUCGCGAGUUACCAACCUUGAAUACAAGACCUCAUACGUGUACUGCGAAGAGAAGAAACAGUGCGCCAACGCCGAGCUACAUUCCAAGCUCAAUGUGCAGAAGCCGGGAGUGAUGCAGCACACGCUAGUAGUGGCGUUCGACCUGCGCAAGUUGGGUGUGGCGCCAGAGUUCGGACUGGAAGUGAGCAGCGAAGCGGCCGAGGGCAAACUGCCUCAACACUCACUCGACCUGCAUGUCAACAAGAACGAAAACAAGUACCAUCUGCAGAUCUAUGCCAAACCAGUGCAUGGGCGUUUCCCUGCUGGAAUCAGCAUCACACUCCCAACUCGAGUGAUUGCUCUGGAAUCCCUCGUAUCUUAUCCCACUGACAAGGCGAUGCCGUUCCCUAUCCGCGGAGAGGUGACCCUGCACCCGGACAAGAACAAGCCGAGCCUCAAGUCUGGCGCCAGAUUCUUGGUUGACGUUACUGGUAGCGAACGUGAACACAGCGCUAUAGCUGAAGUCGGAUUCAGCCAUCCUAAGUUGGGCAAAGAAGCACUAAUGAAGGUUCGCGCUAAAUUAAAUACCCAAAACAAGGAUGGCUUCAAAUAUGAAUCUGGUGCAUCCAUCUCCCAUCCUACUCUUGGCGAACGCGAGAGCAAGCUUCUAGUUGAAGUUAACCCAACACACGUCAAAGUUUAUAUGGAAACGCCACUUGUAAAAGUGAUCGACUUGGAAGGCACGGCGACGGUGAAGGAGGGUCUACAACAAGGAGGUCUCAAGUUCAGCCUCUUGGAGGGCAAACCGGUGCAGGUGUCCGCCAUCAUCCGCGACUAUCAGUACUACGAGUUCACUACAGGUUAUAGCGAUGAAUCUGGUCGCAAGUUAUCCAUUGUGGGCCACAUCGAACCUGAGAAGCGAGUUGACAUCAGCGCAGACAUCAUUCUUGGUGGAGACAAGAAAAACAUUAUUCAUGGCGCCCUCUUCUUACAAGAUAACCUCGUGAAGAGUGACUAUGGUAUCUCUAAGGAGAAUUUCAACUACUUCCUUAACGCGCUGAAGAAAGACUUAGAAACAUUAGAAGGCCGCGUCAAACAACUUGGAGAUAAGGCCAGCGAAGACUUUAAGGCGACGCUGAAACGCGUAAAACCAACCUAUGAGAAGCUGGAAAAGGCAUACAGAGAUGACCUGAAGAAAAUAUACGAAGAAGUUGCCAAUGAUCAAGUGCUCAAAGAGAUCUCAGAGUCUUUGGCUCACAUAGUAAAAUACUUAGCUAAGAUCAUCGAUGACAUCAUACAAGUGACAUCGCCUGUUGUUGACAAGGUCAAAACUGUUGUCAUACAGACCGCUGAAAAGAUCGAAGAAAUGUAUAAGAAACAGCUGGAAGGCCAGAUCAAGCAACUGUACAUGACAAUGGCUGCCCUCGUCAAGGAGUACUUCGACGGUUUGUUGGAUGUGGUCGCACACUUCGCCGCAGUAGUCUCUGACUUCUUCGAGAAACAUAAAGCCGAAUUACAGGAACUCACAAACACAAUUGCCGAAAUCUUUAAGGACCUAACUCGUAUCGUAGUAGCCCAACUGAAAGAGUUCCGUGCCAAGGCCGGUGCGAUCUUCGAGGAGAUUUCUAAACAAAUCAAAGAACUACCUAUCUUUGAAAUGAUAAAGGAGAAGUAUGGUGAACUCGCGGUACCUGAUAUGGUGCUGGAGAUGGUAGCUAAGCUUCAAGAGGCACUACAACAGAUACUACCCACUCAGGAAGCCAAGGACUUCUCCCAGGCGCUGUAUAAAUAUCUCGAGAAGAAACGUCAACACGAGAAGGUUGAUGAAAACACAGAACUUCGUGUGUUGUAUCAGAAACUGACUCGUGCGAUCACAUCACUGCUACAGUUUGCGCGCACACAGCUCUCACAAUUCGGCGUGCCCAGUCUCGCUAGCGUUAACCCGUUGUCGCUGUUCACGUCACCCGGAUCAUUCGGUCCGAUGCCGACGAUCGGUAGCAGUCCCCCAUCAGCCAGUCUGCUGAAUCAGCUCAUCAACGGUGACAUCGAAGAUCCCCUUAAGUUGUUCAACGCUUACAGACUGAAGAGCAUCAACCCACUUGACCAGUUCCCUGCUAAACUCCGCGCCGUGGUCGUGAACGGCCAGCAUGUGUUCACGUUUGAUGGCCGUCACAUGACGUUCCCGGGUACGUGCCGGUACGUUUUGUCUCACGACUACGUGGACAGGAACUUCUCGCUCGCCAUCCAGAUGGCAGCUGGCGCACCCAAGGCUUACAUACUGGUUGACAAGAGUGGCACCUCUGUUGAAAUCAAGGACAACGGACAGGUUAUCCUGGACGGUCAAGUUCAUGGAUUCCCGGUGAUCAAAGAAGACGUAAUCGCUGUCAAGGAGACCAGCGGCAUUAUCACCUUUGGUUCAAUCGGAAAUGUCUUGGUCAAGUGUUCGUCGACUAAAUUCGAGACUUGCUACGUGGAGGUAUCCGGGUUCUACUUGGGCAAAUUGCGCGGUCUCCUUGGAGAUGGCAACAACGAACCUUAUGAUGAUUUCAGGAUGCCCAACGGAAAGAUUUGCACAUCAGAGAGUGAGUUCGGCAACUCGUACAGGUUGGCCAGCAGCUGCCCUCAAGUCAAGACUCCGGAACAUUCGGCGCACCAGAUGCACGGUGUCAUGCCGGCCGCAUGCGAACAAGUGUUCGGUGCCUCAUCAACCCUCAGACCGCUCGGCUUGUUCUUGGACGCGAAGCCUUUCAGACAAGCGUGCGUGCACGCGGUAUCGGGCGCGAGCGGCGCGGCGGCGGUGGCGCAGGCGUGCGACAUCGCGCGCGGGUACGUGGCGCUGGCCGCGACCGAGCUGCUGCCGGCGCUGAUGCCGCCCGCGUGCGUGCGCUGCGUCGACGCCGACAAGCCCAGGGAGGUGGGCGACACUUACGAACUCAGGCUGCCGCAGAAGCAGGCCGACAUCGUCGUCACCGUCGAAACAACAGUCGGUACCGAGGAAUCCUUCAAAACCGUGGUCGUUCCCCUGGUCUCGCAGCUAGUAGAUAACUUGAAGAGCAAGAAGAUCACAGACAUUAAGGUCUACCUGGUCGGCAUCACAUCAAUCGCUCCAUACCCGAUAGUCUAUGACACUGACUUGAAAUUAAAGAACGCGAAGGUUCAGUUUACCGACAAGAGCCGCUAUCAGUCUACACCAUUGAUCAAGACCGGAUACGAACAAGUUGAUAACGCUUAUAAAGUGGUAGCCAACUUGGUAGACACCCUUAGGGAAGCACUCCAACUUACAAACAUUGAUGCCGGAUACCGAUCAAUGAUUAAUCUUCCGCUGCGUCCUGGUGCUGUUAAACAUACGAUCUUUGCCAUCGGUGAACACUGCCGAAGUCAAGUAUACUUGUUGGAAGCCAUCCGAGCACUGGUCUACGGUACAUACUAUGAACAAAAUGCACACACAAUAUCUUUCGUCACCCCGACGCCUGGCCUUAAAAUCGGCAGCGGCAAGAAUCCCGCACAAGUUAUCGGUUUCUCGGAGCAGUCGGUGUUAUUGUUGGGUGACAAGAAACUCGGCAAGGAUACCGAAUCAUUGCGAUCUACGUUGGAGUACACAGACGACGUCUGCGUCGAUUCUGUUCAAAUGAUGGACGGAUACACGUUCUCGGCAUCUAACUUCGCUUCGCUGAAGGCCAACGAACAGAAGCAGUACAUUCAGACCGCAGCCAACGUGAUAGUGCAGGGUAUGGUGCGGUACACGCGCGUACAGGAAUGUUCCUGCACGUACGUCAGUGCAUUCCACGUGCGCUCGACGUGCGUCAACAAGGAGAUGAAGGAAGUCGCUCGCAGGCGGAACGACAGGCAUAUACGGACAAUCUUAGGCCCUAAACUGGAUGCCCGCAGGCGAGGUGACGGUUGCGAUCCCGGCGCGGGGGAAAUUGGCUCGUUCUCGUUGCCUGCAGUCAGUUCGCUAUCUAUAAAAAUUUUAAUUAGUGGAGCGCCUGGGGGUUUUCACCUCGGAUUAGAGUUACAGUGAAUGAAUUAAUAUGAUCGAUGUGGGAUAUUGUUUUUUAAACUAUUAUUUGCAAUGUUUAACCAAAAAUUUUUUGUGCACUCCAUUUUUUUCAUUGUUUAAACAAAUUAUUAUAAAAAAAAAAAUAUGUUUAACCAUAUAUUUUCACUUUAAACAGUUUUUUAUUUUUUAUUUAUAUGUUAAAUCUUACCUAAGUAGACAUAUACGAACAUUUUUCAAAGAUACCUAUAAACAUUAAAGUAAGAAUCUCGAUGAACCUAGGUGUAUACAUAUUAUGCAGCUAUUUUCAUGAGCCAUGCUGCUAGUCGUUGGUUUAUCCAUUGUUCGAAAUCUAAUAAAAAACAAUUAAUAAUUAAUUAAUUGCAUUUGUAAUAAAUUUAUAAUUUAAUUAUUUUAUUAAUUCAAUAAUUAAGUGUAAUUAACGAAAUAAUUUGUAAUCGUUCAAUAUAAAAACGUUGUCUUCAAUACACCUUCCAGUACAAAAAUAUACAAGAAUUUUUCAUUAAAAAACAAAUUUUCACUGUUAUAGAAGCACAAUAUUCGCAGAACACGUGUUACUUGCAACUAAACUAGCCGAGAAAUUCCAU